AUGUCCCAACAGCCCGAGACUGCAACUGUGGUUAGAUUAUCGUCCAUUACACCGGAACUCGUCGCGCGCAAACUUAGGGUGGCUGGACGGCUAUUCACAUAUAUCGCGGAUUCUUCAACUUUGCUCAUCGCAGACGGAGAAAAUGCCCUUUUCGUGGACGUAUCGCUAUGUCUGAGUCCUUGGCAGUCGUACCUGUGGCUGCAGGAGAAUAAUGGCACCCUAUUUGCGCUGGGUUACCUUGAGCAGGUACAGGACCCAAUCCCACUUCCGACACUCCCGCACCACGCGCGGCCGACCGCGGUCGACCCAUACCUCGUGCUGUCUGCCCUUGUUGUGGACCAUGUACCAGACCUUGACUUGGAACUCUGGAAUAGCGUGGCUGAGCGCACAGAACAGCUUCGACUGAAGGUCGAGCCCAGAGAUGGCGGAUCAACUGCAGUCGCCGCGGCGCCGGCUUCUACUGGUAAUCCGCCGGCGAUUCAAAAUGUUGAUCCAUUGCCAGCUUCAAAGCAAAUGCCCAUGCCAGACUGUUCUGCCACUCCCUCCGAUAUCAAACAAUUUACUCUCAACACGUCCUUACCAGCGAAGAAGCAGCAACGGCGCGCUUCUAUAGUCGUACCCCACAAUUUACGGACUCGAUUUGUGGACACUAUACCCUCUGACGCCGCUGGAUCUAUGUAA